AUGGUUGAGACACCGCCGCACGAUCCGCUGACAGAGGCCAAUGUCCAAAAGCUCGAGGCCGCGACGAUGCCGGUGCGCGUGCGCAGCGCGGCCAGGGACGGCGACGAGCAGGAGGCCGACGAGGCCGCGGGCCCACGGCAUGGUGCGCUGCUGCAGCCCGAGGCCGAGGACUGGGUCGUCCUGGAGCUGCCGUACAUGACGCACUGGAGCAACAAGCGGCAUGCGACGAACGGCAUUCCGCGCCCACGACGCGCGGAGGAUCUGCCCGAUUGGCGCAUGCGGGAGCGGCUGCGCACGGUCACAGCCGCCCUCGUGAUGUGCCUCAACAUCGGCGUGGAUCCGCCGGAUGUGAGCAAGACGAACCCAUGCUCGAAGCUGAUCUGCUGGAUGGAUCCCGAGUCGCUGGACCCGACGAAGGCACUGCCGGCGAUCGGGCGCAACUUGCAGGUGCAGUUCGAGACGCUGAGUAUGAAGACGCGGUACAAGCAGUACCUCGAUCCGAUCGUCGAGGAGACCAAGCGCUUCUGUACGAAUCUGCGCCGCACGGCCAAAGACGAGCGCGUGCUCUUCUACUACAAUGGCUACGGCGUGCCGAAACCCACACCCGGUGGCGAAAUUUGGGUCUUCAACAAGGCGUACACGCAGUACAUUCCCCUGACCUUGUACGACCUGCAGACAUGGCUGGGCCACCCGUGCAUCUACGUGUGGGACACGAGCGCCGCCGGCCAUAUUGUCGCCAACUUCCGGCGCCUCGCCGAGCUGCGUGCCGAGGACGAGGUCAAGCUGGCGGCGGCAGAGGGACGCGAGCCGCCUCCGAUACCCAGCUCUGACGGCAUCUUCACCGAUGCAGCUGGCGAGCCGCAGUUCCCGCUGCGCGACUCGAUUCACCUAGCGGCCUGUGGCCCCGACGAAGUGCUCCCGAUGAACCCCGACCUGCCGGCGGAUCUGUUUACGUGCUGCCUGACCUCGCCCAUCGAGAUAUCGCUGCGAUGGUUCGUCCUGCAGAACCCACUGCCCAGCCCCCUCAACGUCGACAUGGUCAUGAAUAUCCCAGGCCAGCUGCAAGACCGACGCACGCCGCUGGGCGAACUCAACUGGACCCUGACCGCGGUCACCGACACGAUCGCAUGGACCGUCCUGCCGCGGGCCCUCUUCCGCCGAUUCUUCCGCGACGAUCUCAUGGUCGCUGCCCUGCUGCGAAACUACCUGCUCGCAGAGCGCAUCAUGCGUUUCUACCACUGCACGCCCGUCAGCCAUCCACGCCUGCCGCCGACGCACAAUCACCCUCUGUGGGACAGCUGGGACCUCGCCGUCGAUCAGUGCCUCUCGCAGCUGCCCACCCUCCUCGCCAAGGAGCAGGCGCGCGCCGAGGCAGAGAACCACGGCACACCUAUGCCCCCGCACCUCGCGGCCUUCGAGUACCAGCACUCGACCUUUUUCAGCGAGCAGCUCAAGGCGUUUGAGGUAUGGCUCUCGCAAGGUGACGUGAGCCGAAGACCACCGCGCUGGCGUGUUCAGAGGCAUUCAGUCGUGCGCUUGUACGGCGACGACUCGGCCCACCCCCUGGAUGCAGGCGGCGACGUCAACGACGACACCGACCCCGACGUGCGUGUACAGCACGAUCCUCCAUCGCAGCUGCCGAUUGUGCUCCAGGUGCUGCUAUCGCAAGUGCACCGUCUGCGUGCCCUCAUCCUCCUAAGUCAGUUCUUGGACUUGGGCCCCUGGGCCGUCAAUCUCGCGCUGAGUAUCGGUAUUUUUCCGUAUGUGCUCAAACUGCUGCAAAGCCCCGCCGCCGAUCUCAAGCCGGUCCUCAUCUACAUCUGGGCGCGCAUUCUCGCCGUCGACCAAAGCUGCCAGGUCGAUUUGCUCCGCGAUAAUGGAUACAUGUACUUUGCGUCGGUCCUGAGCCCCUUUCAGCCGAACCACGUGCCGGGCGCCGCGCACGGCGGGCAGACGCUGCCGAUCCCGAAUGUGAGCGAGCACUGCGCCAUGUGCGCUUUCAUCCUCGCCGUCUUCUGCCGCGACUUCCCGCUCGGACAGGAUGCCUGCCUCGAGACAGACGUGAUGGACGCGUGUCUUGAGCACCUCGAGGAUGACGACUACCUCUUGCGGCAGUGGUCGGCGCUGUGCCUCGCCCAGCUCUGGGACAACAACGACGUGGGCAAAGCACGCGCGAUCGCCAAGGAUGCCCACGGCAAGCUGUGCUGUCUGCUCAGCGACGCAUCGCCGGAGGUGCGUGCAUCGAUUUUGUAUGCGCUCGGCGUGCUCCUUGGCACGAGCGGCAGCAUGACCAUCGACGUGGCCCACCCAACAGCAGCCGAGCAGCAUCGGCGCAGGGAGCGGACGCACGGCACGGCUCGGCCACCGUGUGUGUGCACCGGCGCCUUGACGGGACUCACACCGGUACGCCAGCGCAACUUGGAGGUGGGUAUCGCCGUGGCGAUCCUGGCGUCCGGCAGCGACUGCAGUCCGCUUGUGCGCAGGGAGCUGGUCAUCGUGCUGAGUGCGCUCGUGCACUACUACCACGGCUUUUUCGUGCUUGCCGCGUACUUGUAUUACAUGCGUGAAUCGUCUGUGCAUGAUAGCAGCGACGCACCCAACAUGAGCACGAAGACAGAAGAGCGCAUUGCGCAGGAAGAGACAUUGCUGGCGGCCGUGUUCGAGGGCGUCUUACAACGAGGUCACGCCGUCGAGCCAAGUGACAUUGCGCACGUCCCGGCGUUUGUGACGUUGUUCGUCGCUCUGCUUGACUUGAGCGUCGACCCGCACCCCCAUGUGGCCAACCUGGCUGGCACGGUCGUCGAUCAAAUCAUGUCAGCCCUGCUCGAGCACGGCUCGCUACACGCGGCCAACUCGGUCAUGCGGCACCAGUCGCUCGAGCAGCUGUCGAGGCCCCAUGCCUUCCCGACGGCUGAGGGGCCGACUCGCGCGCCCGUCGCCGCGGCGAAUCCACCGAGGGAGGGACCUGUGCGGCGGACGUCCGCCUCGGCCUUGUCGCGCACGAUUCGGGCGAUAUCGUCGAUGACCGGCUCGCCAGCGCCUACGUAUGCACCGACGCAUGCCGAACCGACGCAGCCUGGCAUGGCCGCCCCGAAGCAACCACCGCACAGCCGCAACACGUGUGCGUACCUACCGCCGUACGACCAUGCCACGCCGCAGCCCGUGGUGGCAGACGCCACGGCAAGCUCGCGACGCGAGGUGCGUAUCGAGGACGUGCUCGCUGAAUGUAUCGCGAGUGAUCUUCACCGUCUCAAUGUGCGCCGCCACGACGACGGGCUGACAACGGCGUGGCUAGGGCGCGUCCGGGAGCGACUGCCUCUCAAGAGCAGCUUCUUUGAGUGGUGCAGUGAGUACUUCACGGAGCCGCAGAUGAAGUCGACGGAGGCCGAUGAGCCCGGGAGCUCCCAGUACAAUCGGCACAUGUGGCGCCGCCAGCGCUGUGAGCGGCACAUCGCCGAGGCGAUGGAGCAGGUCGACGAUGCCGGCGAUGUGCGGUGGUCCAAGCGCGUAGCCGUACUGACGAUGCCUGCACCCGUGCGCAUGUUCAUGUUCCACGAGUACGAUCCCCAUCUCGUCGGCGUGACCGAGCAGGACACGCUGUGUGUGUGGGACUGGGAAGACCACCGGCUCUUGAGCUCGUUCCGCCAUGGGCCUCAGCCGCACGGACCUAUCACGUCGCUGGCCUUCAUCAACGAGGAAGUGGAGGCCUUGCUGCUGACGGCGUCGGCGGAUGGCAACGUGCACCUGUUCCGACGCUAUGACCGCGCGGUGCCCGAGCUCGUGAGCGCAUUCCGCGCGCUCCCGGACCUCUUGCGCAGUCGUUACCCGAGUGGCGUACGCGUCAACUGGCAGCAGGUGAAUGGCCGCCUGCUCACAGCUGGUGAUAGUCGGCUCGUGCGCCUGUGGGAUGCACACCGCGAGCUGUGCAUUGCCGAUGUGCCGACGCAUGUGAAUGCGUGUGCGACAUCGCUCACGAGCGAUGCGGAUAUUGGGCAUCUGUUCAUGGUCGGCUUUGGCGAUGGCUCGUUGGGCGUGUACGAUCAGCGCCAUCCACCCGCCUCGAGUCUGGUGCAGUUGUGGGACGAGCACCAUGCGUGGGUCCAGAACGUCCAUCUCCAAAAGCACGGCAGACGCGAGCUCGUGUCGGCGAGUGUGGACGGCGCGCUCCGUGUAUGGGAUAUCCGUGCGCGCGCCUCGAUCCUGCAGAGCCGCGUGCCGACCGACCAUGCGUCGCUGUCAGAUAUGGCCGUGCAUGACCGUAUCCCCGUGCUGGCGACGACCAGCUCACCCCAUACAGCCGGACCGACCAUUGUGCACACCACGCAACUGUACAGCCUACACGAUCUAUCUCCCAUGGGCCGCCCCUUCUACCGCGCACUGCACUCCACGGCCUUUUCCUCCUCGUCCAUGACAGUCUCCGCCUCGGCAGCUCAUGCGAUACGCCCGGUCUACGAGCGACUCGCUCCCUUGUCGCCAUACUCACCGAGCACGAGCACAGUCGCCUUCCAUCCACACAGCCCCGUCAUGGCCUUUGGGGGUCCUGAUCACAUCGUCGAGAUCCGUCGGUAUUCACAGUGA